AUGGCUGAUCCUCUCACCACCACCUUUCAACCAAAUGAUGGCUCUAUCCGAUGUCAGGUUGACAACACGUUUCUUGUCCUUUCAGCUGGCACGUUCAAGAUUGGGGAUUCAUUGCUAGUCGGUACAGAGGACUCAGCAACACCAUCCACGAUUCUUAUAUACGCUGAUACGGUUGAGAUGACUUCCCUAAGCACCUGGGCAAGUGGCUGUAAUAUUGGCAUCUUCUGCCGCUCGCUCAACUUCAGCGGCCCGUUUCCAAAAGCCUAUGUUGAGACUGUUGGGCGCGAGGGUCUUCCAGUCACGGCGCCUAAUGCGCCUUUGACAGAUGAUAACAAUGGUCAAAAUGGUGGGAAUAUUAGUGUCUAUAUCGAAGAAUACGAUCCAGCAAAGCUUAUGCCCACAGACUCCCAAGAAACUGGCCUUUGGCUCAAUUCCAGCGGCGGCGAUGGGAAUGGAGCUAAGUACGGUCCUGGUGGUGGCCCCAACGGUGUAAAAGGCGGGAAUGCGGGCCAGAUUCAGUUCUCUUAUGUUUCGACCGAAAGCGCAUUGCUGGGAAAGUUGAACAAGAUAUACACGGAUGCAUCGGCCCCAUUCCGUGCUCGAGCACAGCAACUGGCGAGCUUGGUGCCUAAGGGCACGACCAGCACGGUUGGACAAGAAGCGAACACAUUUGAGAGUAAUUGCAAAUCAUUGGACAGACUCAUCACCACUUUGGACCAUAUAAAGCGCACAUUUCGCUCGCUUGUGCCGAAAGACACAAAGCCUCUUUUGGAGUCGGUGAGCAAAGCAUCGAAGGAUACGCUUACCCACACGGAAGAACCCAGAUUUGACUUGGCCACGUACUCAAACUCCUUCAGAGCCUUGGAGACUGCAGCCAAAGCAGUUUCCAGAAGCAAAGUGCAAGCAUCUGAUGUUCCCUGGGGUAACCUCAAGAACGCUCUCUUGUCCUUCAAGACCACACUCAGCCAAAUAGGUUCGGAUGAUGCCGAAACACAAAACCAUCCUGCAUCGCCGUUCGCAAUUGCCGUCAAGGCCUUGGAGAACUCAUUGAGAGGUGUUUUGAGCAGUUUCAUUGAUCAAUUCAAUUGCUAUAAUAUGAGCGGUGGAGGUGAGGGACGGAAUAUGGAUGGCUCUGAUGAAUUUGGCCAAAAUUGUGACAUUUUCAUUCAGGCCAUAAGCCCGGACUCGCCAGAUCUGUCAAGUCCAGUUGCCUAUGUCCAUCCAGACCAGUGCCAGAUGCUUCUCGAUGUGGCCAAUCGCACGUACCUUGCCGCUAGCUGCAAGACAGGAAACCAAAACCCCGGUCGAUUUGACGAGGCUAGACAGCUAUACGAAAGGAUCUUCAAUCGCCUCUCUUUUGUCCCCCUAUUGCAGAGCGACCUCAAAAGCAAGAAUUUUCAGCCAUUGACCAGAGCCUACGCGCAAAUGCAGGCUGCCCAGCUUUGUUUAGAUCCCAUCUCUGAACUGGCUCACAUCCAUUUACAGGCAGGUUUAUACCUGUCUAAUAUCUCUCAUGGAAAGGACAUGUUUGGUCACGGGGGCGACAAGGAUGCUGGAGCACGUUGGGUACCACGGUUGCCAUAUACGCAGUACUCGUCAGCAAUCAUCUCAUCACUUCCUAAAAUGACUAAGCUGGCUACCAGUAUCGCUGCCCAGGAGGGCACACAGCAGGACACUGAUUUCAACAAGAAGCUAGCAAUAAUCAGCGUUCAAGCCCAAGUCGAUACUCUGCAGAAGCAGAUUCAACUUGCUACUAGUCCUACUGGACCACUUAAGUCAGCGGAAUCCCAAAUUCAGCAGUACACACCUGCACUCAAAGCCAUGAGAUUUAGCAUCCAGGAUCAGGUGACUACGCUUACUCAGGAAAUUGAUAGCUCUUGGAACUUCAAUCCAACUGAUAUCAUCAACGGCAUUACGCAACUUCUAUCGAAUCCAGAUGAGUUGGUGGCAGGUAUGGGAAUAUUCGCGGGGCUUUAUAACUCAUUCACCACUGUCCAAGCUGACGAUAGUGAUGACGUGAACAAGCAAUACGUCGUGAAGCAGUUUGCCUCUGCCGGCGAUGACCUUGGAAAGUUGAAUGAAGCCGUAAAGUUGACAGCGAGCGGGACAUACUCUGUCGACGACCCUGGAGCGGCGAAGCUUCUUGCUGAUGAGAAGACACUCAACGACUUGAUUGACAAGUUCUCGAGUGCCCUUGACCCUAACAAGGUGAAGAACAUUCACGAAACCCUGCAUGAGUUCGCCACUCUUGCGAAACGUCGCAAUGCCGCUGUGCUCAAGUAUAACACGACAGCUAUAAUGCUAGUCAAGGCACUACAGAGUCUGGAAUACUUUCGCCACAAAAACACCAUUCUUUCCAGCCAAAACCUUAUGUCAGAUACUCAUCGAGGGUCACUUCUGCUAUUCCAGCUCAAAACAUUCAAUGCUAUGUGCGCAACAGCGUAUGAGCUUAUAUACGAGGCUGCGGGGAGUAUGCAAUUCUGGACGCUGGACUCGGAUGACCAAGUUGACCCGUCUCUGCCAACUGAUGGCUUUGACAGCGCCAACACUGUUGAGCAGAUUCGAUCUUACGUUGAACGAUUGAGCAACAAAUUUACCUCCUGGCUAUCUUCUUAUUCUGAAAAUCCAGGUCUUAUCUUCCCUAACCCCAGUAAUCCUCCAGGGCAGACAGCUGGCGGUAUAACAUGGUUCCUCAGCCAAGACCAGGUCUCUGCCCUCCAGAAUACUACUGCCCCCGAUCUCUCAAGCAGCACCGACGAACAGGAAUAUCGAAUCAUGUUCGUCCUACCCGCACCAACAUCUCAAUCAACGGAUACAUCCGGCAGCCCCGACUACAACCCAUUCACAGGGUAUGCCAACGUUCGUCUUGACCAAGUUCUUGUGUGGCUUUUCGGCGCAACUGUCCAGCCCGAUCAAGAAACUCAACAGUGUCGGCUAUCCCUGGAAAUCUCUCACCUCGGUGAUGAUUCCAUUGUGAGGAAUGAUGGAAGCACAACGCUCAAGUUCAUGCACAGCACGACGCAGCUCAAGUUUGUGUAUGAUCCUACGAAUGUGACUUCAUGGGAGGCUGCACAGAAAACAAAUCCGAUUACUGUACAGAACCUGGAUAGUGGUGGUGAAGGUGCUGGACGCGAUAGUGCAAGGACGGAGCGAGAGCUAUCUGUUGCACCGAUUGGCCCAUUUGCUACAUGGAUGUUGACAGUUAGGGAAAGGGAGAAUAAUGGAUUGGAUUUGAGCAAACUAACUGGCGUUUGUCUUGAAUUCUGGGGUUCUGCACACACAGUGGAUGCAUCUUGA